AUUUUAUUUUUCUUUUUGGUACGAAUCUUCAUUCCACUUUUGUUGUUCACAGACCAAAAAAGUAAAAAUCGAAAAAGAACCCCAACAAUGAACUCCAAUGGCAUCCACAUAAACACAAACACACACACAGUCACACACAACUAUCAACAUUAGAACACCAACCAGAGGGCCCCACGUACCCCCCCCCCCUCUCCACCUUCCCCACUCCCAGUCUGGAGGGGAAAAAAAUUCUUUCCUAUUUUUCCCAGUUACUUCCAAUUUCCCAUUCAUACCAAAUCUAAUAGUACAUUUCAUUUAUAUGAUUCACUCAUAAUUCAUUGCUCAACAAACAGUUGGAGAUUCCCACACAAAAGCUAAAAAUAAAACGCCCCAUUUCGUAGAAACACGACGUUGAUUUGAUUGCACCCCACGUUUUCUUCACGGGUUUGUGCUGGGUUAGAGAGAUAGUCCAUUUUCCCAAAACCAUUGGCAAUAAUAGCAAUCUCCUACCUUUCUCCAUUUUUUGUUUUUUCUUUUGUUGUUUUUUUUGAGCUUCUGAGGUUAUAGAUUUUCCCAAUUUCUGAGGCCCUGAAUCGCCCAAUUGCUGUUUAUUCUACAUUUCAUCGUAUCAGUUUCGUCGAACUGCACAAUCUGAUGCAAUUCUGUUGAUCUUUUUGUGCAAUGUGCUAAAGGGUUGCAUCAUCUCGCAGUAUCCUAUUCAAUUGAACAGGAAAGACUUUAUGUGAGUAAUAUUUGUUAAUUCAUGUGGGCAACAAUUUCUGGUUGUUGAAUUCAUGUGAUCGACAAGCAUAUUCUACUGCAAGAUCAAACAGUCUAUCUUUGGUCAGUACAAUGGCACUUUCAAGAAAGGCCUUGUCGAUGCCAACUUAUCAUAAUCAGGCUGAGCUGCUGUUGAAGAAUUAUUUAUUUUCUGACCCAAUAAUCCCAUACACUUCCGUUCUUGGUGGAGUCGUGGCUUGCAAAGUGGUAAUGGAUUUUUACAUUUGUUUCUUUUUCUCAAAUUCUCCCAGAAGUACAAAUACUAAAUUUUGCAAUUGAGCUUAUAGGCAGUAACUGGUGAACCUUCAUUGUAUCUCAAAUUAAAAUACAGUGUGAAGUUUACUUGCUAGAUGAAUGUAGAUUUAUAUUUUAUCUUACUCAAUUUGCUUCUUAAAUAUUAUACUUACAGUUGUCUUUCACAGCUCUAUGAUUUUGUUAAGUUGAUCAGCACUUUCUACUUCCGAAGCUACAAUGGUCUUACUAAGAUUGAGCGGAUGGAAUGGAACAAUCGUGGGAUCUCAACUCUUCAUGCUAUUUUUAUUUCCAUCAUGUCAUUGUACUUCGUAUUCUGGUCUGAUCUAUUCUCUGAUCCACGUCUUCCUGGUGUCAUUACACUCCGGAGUUCGGGAUUAUCAACUUUUACUCUAGGAGUCUCUGUUGGCUAUUUUCUAUCAGAUCUUGCUAUGAUUUGUUGGUUGUAUCCUUCUCUGGGUGGACUGGAAUAUAUUGUUCAUCAUAGUCUUUCGGGAAUUGCAGUAGCAUAUUCUGUUUUUACUGGUGAGGGACAGCUUUAUACAUUCAUGGUCCUCAUAUCGGAGUUGACUACCCCAGAGAUCAACAUGAGAUGGUAUCUGGAUAUAUCUGGAUUGAAGAAGUCCAAUGCUUAUCUUAUUAAUGGUGUUGUAAUAUUUUUUGGCUGGCUGGUUGCAAGGAUCUUGUUGUUUGGCUACAUGUUUCACCAUGUUUAUAUACACUAUGGACAGGUCCUCCAGAUGCACAUAUUUGGAUAUUUCCUAGUGUUUGUAGUGCCCCUAGUUCUUGGGAUCAUGAACUUGAUUUGGUUUGGCAAAAUAUUUAAGGGGGUCAUGAAGAUGUUGAGAAAGAAGCAAUGAAGGAAUCUUACAGUCUUGACUUCUUCCCUGAUCAUACCAUCUUCUCUCCUGUGUAAGUUGUAACUUCCACUUUGUACAAGUCAAUAGGAUCAUUAGAGGCAAAGCGAAAUCGAGGAAGUUAAGUGCCAGUAGGGCGCUUUUAGCGUUUUGUGCAGAUAUGGGCUGGCGUGAUUGUAAAUUUUGUCAUGAACCAGAGAGGAAGUUGUGGAAUAUGUCACUGUAGUAGAAGCGGAUAACAGCCAUCUUGUAAACAAAGCUGUUACUGGCUUUAAUACACUUAAAAAUGUAUUUUAUGAGAAAGAAAUGUUUUUUUUUAACCGCUCAGGGAGCUGGCUUUUCACUGUAGUACCCUCAAAAGAAAAAGAGAGAAAAAGGUUAAAAGCCAUCUUGUAAUGAAUGACAGGGCGUUUUUCAUUUCAUAUCUCUAUAUUAAGGGAGAAUUUUCAAUCGGACGCAUGACGC